UCACUUUCUGUUUUUUUUUCUCCCCCCCGCUGCCGGCCCCGGCCCUGCCUCUCCGCCCGCCCAGCCCCGUCCCUCCGCAGCGCCCUUUUACUUCCUGGGGCCGGCGAAUGGCGGCGGCUCGUAUCGCGCCCGCCCCGCAUCGCUUGAGCCCACCGGCCCGCCCGGCCCGGUAGCGCCGCACCCUCCCGGGGCCCCGCCGGGAGCGGAGCCGCGCCGAGGGCCGGGCGGGGCGGUAUGCGGGCGGCGUGAGGGCCGGGUGCGGUGGGGGAACGGCGAGGAGAGGAGCCUCGGCCAUGGGAGAGCGGCAGGAUGAGGAAAUCGGCGGGCCGGGCACGGGUUUUCAUCCAGAAUCGGAAGAGUCGAGUUCCCUUUUGCAGACGGCGGUUUCAGUGCUGCAGAGCUCCUACUUGUACUCCACAUCUCAGGACGGUUUUCAGUACAGCCAAGCGAUUCUGGUGGAAAAUGAUGUUUUCCUAAGUGAGCUCCAAGCUUUUGCCCAAGCAAAGGAAGCCGCUGGGUACAGCCAGGAGGAGCUGGAAGAGACCUUUGCAUUUCUCCUGUUUGAUAAUGAAGAAGAGGCAAAAGAGGUGUGUCAGACAGGCCUCCGUGUGAACAGCAGUUCUAUUUCCACACUUGGUGACCCAGCAAAAGGAGUUUAUAUUUCCAAGUAUGCAGACUGUCUUCAUCCGAGACCCUGGUAUCAUGGAAAAUCAGGCUAUAUUGUCAUUUGUAAGCUAAUUAAGGGGAAAGUCAAGGUGGUAUCUGAGAAUUACACAACGAGCUAUACCUGCCCAUCUCCUGGCUAUGACUGCCACGUCGCUGUGAGCAGAAACAGCAUAACGUCAAAGACCAGCCACUGCCAGGCCUUCGAGCAGAGCCAGUAUUACAUGUACGAAGUGUCCGAUGGCAGCACUGCAGAGCGGCCCAGGCAGAUCUGCCCGUACAUAGUCAUCGCCUGCCAGUACAGGGAGCCGAAGGAAAUGUCCGUCUUAGCUAUAGAGAGCCUACCUGAGCUUAACCACAAAGCGUUGUACUGUCCAUGGAGGGGGCAGCUCUCCAUCCGGGGCCAGCUUUUGUGCAACAUCGCCCUGAGGACCCCGUACAGCUCCACGAUUCCAGCCCAGCUGCCUCCCAACCUGGACAUUAACCAUGUCAUGGGUUUGUCCGACUUGAAGAAAAAGCUACCAGAAGCUGCAUUUGGGAAAAAAAAUUACACUGAGAAUGAAGUUUGCUUUAAGGGUGUUUACUUCAGUCUAUAUGAAGUAGAAAUAUCAAAAAAGGAUAAAUAUAAAAUGGAUCAGUUAGUAGAAAAUCUAAAGGAAAAAGACGUGGCAAUCAUCAAAUAUUUACAAGAUCAAGGAGUCCUUAUCCUCCUCACGUCCUCUGCCUUGGCACGAGAUGAUGGAUUCGACCCUAAGGAGCCUGUCAGCCUCCUGGCCCUGUUUCUGUUCACCUCCUCCCGGUCGGUGUGCCUGAGAGUUGAAAAGCACGAUCCAAAAGGUGAAAGGGAAGAUAGUGACGAUAGUGACAUCUCAUUAAAAAUAGCCUCAGUUUUGCCUGGACUUCACUAUGCCUUACAGAAAGCUAGCUUUUCUUCAUGGGGGGACACAGUCAGUACCAGCGCAUGUAUCAAACAGCACUUCCAGGAAUACGCAAAGCUUGAUCAAAAUCCACAGCCUGCCUUUGGUCACACCAGCGAAGUUCCCUCUUCUUCUCUCCUCUCACCAAUGGAGGAUGAACGUACUAAUCCCUUCAGAAAACGCUCGGAGCAGUCCUUCUCCCAGCUGCAGCGUUACCUCUCCGACCCCAGCAGCUACACUCUUGAAAUGUCGGCUGCCGUAGGAUGUUUGACUGGUGCCGUUCAGUCCCUUUGCUGCGAUUCAGAGGCCGAUUGUAAAGCGGACUUCUCUUCAGCUGUGCCACCAGAUCCUGUUCCUCCCAACACAGCAGUGGAAAUAAAAGCCAGAAGUGAAAACCCAAAGCUCGUAGUGGGGCUGGACCAGAGUGGUGAAGGGCCCACAAAAGACAUCAACUCAGCCAGCAAGCUACGGGUGCAGCAGAGCAGGAGGAAAUCCAGCCGAGCAGUUGUGACCAGCACCAGGAAGAAAUGGUCACCCCUCAAGAUGCAAAUGCAUCCUAUGGGGGACAGUGGCAGGAAAGCAACCAAGAAGAAGAAAAUCAGCUUAAAUUUCUCUUUUCCUAAAAAGCCAGGGCUCAUGGCCAGUUCCAACGAGCCCAUGCUUAAAUUAGCCAAUUUGCAGUUUCCACACAGAAGGAAAAGAGGUGCAGAGGUCCUGUCUGCAGAAUUUGUGCACAAAACGCAGUCUGAACCUGUCCAGAAGGAAACCUCAGCUCACAACGAUUCUGGCUUGGAAACAAAGAGACCAAAGACACUGAAGAACCCAGACAUGAAAAAGGUUCCUGUUGCUGAGACCGUCACGAAGCCAGUGAAAAGUAAGAUGCUAAAAAGCGUGGCUAACAUCCCAUUGAAACCUCAAGCCAAAAAGCAAGCAGAAAGUGAGUGGAAGGAGCCAUUCUCUGUCCUCCCAAGCGAAGUUCCUUCCCAGUGCUACGGAGCAGAUAGCCAAAUGAGUGAGAUCCACCCGGGCGGCAUUGCUGAUCUCGGUUUCGAUGUGAAGGGGAACGACUAUGAGUCCCACGCCUUGAACUUGCUGGCUGAUCUGGCUCUGGGUUCUUGUAUUCCUUCGUUUAUCCCCAGGGACAACAGGAUGAUCGCUGUGUCCUGCAGCCCCUCCAGCGACUCUGCAAAGGAGCAGCAGAGUCCACGCACGCACAAAUCCUUGCGUGUUGCUUCUGACCAUGAAUACCACAGGGUGGACAAGCUUGCAAAGGGAGCCGCCUCUCUUAGCAAAGCAUCGCCGAACCAGAAGCUUAUUCCUGCUGAACAAAUAGACUUAAAUGACUUGGCCUCUAUUUCCAGGGAGAAAAGCCCUGGGAUUUUCAGCAAGAACAACAGUGCAAGCCCCAGCCCUCCAAAACCCCAUGAGUUGCCUCCAAGAGAGACUCAAGAAUCUGACAAGGUGAACAUGCACUCUUUCAUCUCUGCCGAGCACUCGUACGCCUCGCAGAUGCCUGAGCACUCAAAGAAACACAUGUAUCCCCGAGGUGCCCCCUACCCUGGGCCAGCACCCUCCAGAAAUGGGACCAGGAAUACCCGAGCAGGACCCCUGGUUGGGAAAGUCCUACCUUUCCGCCACCAGCAGAACAGCACCCACCACCCCCAACCCUUUGAGGCUGUGAUGAUGAGGCGCAGGAGCAGCCUGCUCUCCCGCAGGCUGAAGGAGGACUUUGUUAAGUCCCACACAGUGAACAUCUGCGGUGAGUCCGUGAAGGUGACGUGCCAUUGGGAGGCAGAGUAUGUCUUCGAUUUGGACAGCAGGUACACCAAAGAUGCCCUGGAGAAAACUGUAAUCCGCGCCCUGCAUGGGCCCUGGGACCCUGAUCUGCCUGACGACAUGGAAGAGAUGAAACUGAUACUUCAUAUGUGGGUGGCUCUCUUCUACAGCAAACCCAGCAAACACCUGAGCAGCACGAGGAAGGUGGUGGAGCACAGCAACCCUGAGAAGUACGUCUCAAUAAACAGCACUGGGGACUUCCUUGAGCUGAGUGAUGAUGGUGAGGAUUGUUUCGGGUUGGAGACAUGCCCUGCAGACUCUCGGUCAGACCCUGAUCAGACUCCCAGCAGCUCUCUGGAUCGCAGCACACGGUACCAGGGACCUUUCCGCUCAGAGGAGAGCCCUGCAGACUCUCAGACUGAUGCUGAUGGGACUCCUGGUGUUGUUGAUAGUACAGUAUCUUCUUCAUCAGGGGAGCUGCCCUUUGGGGAGGAGGAGCCUUCUUCCACAAGCUGUCCUGAGAGCCUUUCCCUCGCUGAGUAUGCUGACGAGAGUCUGGCUGUGAGAGACAGGCAGCCAGCGGUCAUUCCUGAGGAGCGCGUGCAUGAGGUCCCAACCAUCACUGCGGAGGAGCUGCCCAAGGAGGAACUGCCGGAUGCUACAGUCGCCCCCAGCCCUUCCGAUGAGCUUGGCAAUGCUGGCAAGCCCCCAGCUGCACUGGGCAGGGAAAGCCCACACAGCCAAGGCCCAAGUUCCAAUAUAGCUCCCUGGAGUGAUGCACCAAGUCCCCUGAGUGGACGUGGAGAGCAGCAAGAGAACGGGUGGGCAGCAGGGUCUGGGGGUGGCCCCGGCCCUCCUGAGGAAAGGACGAACAUGGGAGAUGCUGGGCAAUGUAUGGAGGUUGAGGACAGCAGCUGGGCCACCGUUGAGGAAGGGAGGGAAUCACAAGACUCCUUUGGACAUCCACAAAAAGAGGAGGAAGAAGUGGAGGAGGGGAAAAAAGAGAAAGAGGACUCUGAAUAUGAAAGCACAAUCCUGGGACCUGUUGAUUUAGCAUUUUCUGAAAGCAGUGAACCCGACAUGGAACAUGAACACAGCGAGCAGAAGCCAGUGGAUUCAGCACUUCCGAUGGACUUUGGCCUUCCUGAAGAGCACCCUGUGCCCAGCCCCACUGCCUUAGAGUCCUCCUGCCCAGGCAGAUCAACACCAGUGCUGUCAGAUGGGACUGGGACUGGCUCUCAAGGGCUUCCUGGCGAGAUGGCACCAAGCCUGGACACACAAGAGCCCUGGGAGGCUCUGGCCACCUCGGGUGCAGAGACAAACGGUGCUGGUUUGGCACACGCAGCCAGUCCAGCUGAUGUGGGGUCGCCCUGUGACUGCGGUUUGAUGCUGCCUGAUCCGAGCCUUGUCUGUGGGGCACAGCCAGAUGGCAUUACAGGCAACGUGGGACCUGCUGGAGAAACGCUCAGGGACAAAUUGGAGCAGGAAGACAAGGAUUGUGCGCCCUCUGCAGAAACGUGGGCGCCUGCUGGGAGCAAAGCUGCCGGCACAGCUGGCCUCGAGUCACCGUGCGGCCAGGGACUGUCACUAACCUCGUCCCCUGACUCCAGUUCUGUCUGCCUCACAUCUCUUGAUAGAGGAACAGAUCCAGGGGCUGCUCAAGAGGACCAGGAGGCCAUGGCAAGCAUCCAGUCUCCAUCACAGAGCGACAUGGGAGAGAGGAGCUGCCUUUCCCAAAGGUGCGGAGGCAACGUUUAUGCUGACCUCACUUUGCUGAGCACUGGUGAAUCAAACCAAGGAGGGAACAAGUUUUUUGUGGAAGAACAGUGUAGCAGUCCUUCUGCCAACAAAAUGGAUAUGCUGGAUGAGUCCUCAGGAGCAAGUGAUGGCCAGGGCUUCGCCUUUGACCGCGCAGCCUUAGCAGGUGACUCUCAAGCUGGAGAGAGCGAUGAUGUGUGCCUCAGCGCAGAGAAUUCCCCUGGCAGCAAUGAAGCGAACACAGGGAUGGUGACUAACCCGCUGCAGGAGCCAGAGACCUCUCCUCCUGACUUUCUGGAAUCGGAGCCCUCCUUGGUGAGAGAGAGGAUGUCUUCCAUGAAGGAGCACCCCAGGCAGCAGCAGAGCUCCCCAGACAGCCAGUCCCCACCUGCCCGUGCAGGCUCAGCUUCUGCUUCUGCCCCGCAACAGGACCCAGUCCCCCGUGGUGGAGACACAGACUCCCCCCACCACUUGUUAGAGCAAAGCGAGCAGGGGCUGGUCCUGUGCCAACACGGGAAGAUGUGCGAGCAAGUAUGUGCUGCAGAGGUGAGCGUGGCUGCCGGGAGUCCGGAUGGUUCCUUAAAGCCCAGAUGUGAAGAACAGGUGAAAAAAGACACGGGUCCGUGGUAUGGAGAGCCGGUGGAGAGCUCCCCCGUGGAUGUGCUUGUGCCAGGUGACCCGGGAUCGAUGCCUCCUUCUCCUCCUCAUGGUCACAAGGCAGGUCUGCACAACGCUAAGCCGGACUCAGUCCUCGGUGUGCACCCCAAGACGCUCUCUCCUGGCACGAGUCCGACCCCAUGGUCCUGCUGCGUGGGCACCUGCCCCAGGUGUGCCAGCCCUGGGGGCCAAGCAGUGAAUGCAGUAGGGAGCUGUGAGGAGGAACCCAUCCCACCAGAGGAUUCAGAAGGAAAGAGCAGCAUCCUUCUUGCCAGUCCUGCAUCUUUUUCAGACGGGGAGUUGUUUAUGCCACUGUGCGAGCCCCAGUCUGUGUGCAACCGCCAGCAGGAGGCCGAGGGAUCCGACACGUCUGCUGAUCUGCACCGUGCCAGCAUGGAGGUGGGAGAGGGAGAAAUCCCCACUCUCCCCUUCCUGAUGUUGCCAUUACACGCGCACAGGGGGCUCUCUGGAGACAGCCUGGAGCUUAGUGACGCUGAGGAUAUUGCAGACAUGCUCCCAAGGGCAGAGCAGCAUCCCAGCAAAGACAGAUGCGUGGGCUUGACAUCUGAAGAUCCGUUUGAGACUUUCUCCAGUGACUCAGACCAGGAGUAUUUUGGAGGGACUUCACAGUCCCUGCUUACAGCCGGGCGUUCCUACAGCAGGAAAUCCGUGGAUGCUGAGGGUACAAGGACUAACUGCGACUCCCCCUCCGCGAGCUCGGUGCGCAGGGAGGGGUGCGGCGAGGACUGGGGCUCGCUGGGCACGGCGGGGGGCUGCUCAUGGGCUGAGCGCAGCUGGCUGAUCGGCCCGGGGGAAACCAGCAGUGGGCACGUUCCACCGUACGUCAAUAUUAGGGACAGCCAGGGGAUCACCAAGGACUACCAGAACUUCGCGGUCACCAAAAAGUGCCGGGAGAGGAUGGGAAAUUUGCAGUCUUCAAAGAGGGGCAACCACCGUGCAAGGCAGUCUUAUUUGUUAAGGUCACUGAUGGGAACUUGGAGGGGUUUUCAGGAAAUCACCCAACACACUUUGGACAUGGAACAUCUUCGUUUCCAUUAUAAGCUAAAACAAAUCCUAAAAAACAGGAAAACACCCUUUUCUACCUCCAAAAGCAUCUUUCCAAAAGACUUUUCUCCUCAGGUGAAGUCUGAGACAUUGGCUGUGCGAGAAGCUCCCGUCCCGCUCUCCCCGCGGAGCAGGAGCCCUUUGCAGGUGACGAUCCUACCCUCCGACUCGUGGCCGAGCAGGCUCGGCUGGCACCGGCGAAGCAGCUGCCAUGGGAACCCGCAUACCCUGUGGCAGGACACCCUCUGUGACAGGAGGAGCAGGGCCACAUCCCAAACCCAGAGCCAGGGCUGCGCAGCUCCCUUCCACCUCAGCAAGCUCAGAUAUGAUAAUAAGCUAAAGGACUUGCAGGGGGACAUCACUGCCAUCCUCGACGAGUACGCCGAGUUCAACAGGGUGAUGCUGAGCAGGGCUGACGCGGGGAGUGAGGGCGAAGGGCCGGUCCCAGAGCACGGGGAGGCUGCGAGCGAGUGGACGUGCAUGUCCCUCCCCCGGAGGAUGGCUGCCUUCGAGGAGAUGAUCACGGACCUGUGCAGCGCGCUGCGUUUCCGCCUGUGCAGCGUGGCCAAAGAGGCCUGCAGCCGCACUGGCAUGUUCUACCUGGUGGAGACGGGCACGGACCCUUUCUUUGCAAGAGUGAAGAGCUUGCUGAAGAAAGACGGCCACACGGAGAUCGAGCCUCUGAGCUUCUGCGAAGCGAAACACCAGGAUGCUGACAGGCUGCUCGUCGUCAUCAGGAACGAGGACAUUUCCUCACACAUCCACAACGUCCCGUGCUUGCUGGAGCUAAAGCAUUGUCCGAACGUGGUGUUUGCCGGAGUGGACAGCCCCGAAGAUAUAACAGGUCACGUGUACCAGGAGCUGUUCCACACCGGUGGCUUCGUGGUGUCGGACAACGAGGUGUUGGAAACCGUAACGCUGGGUCAACUGAAGGAAGUGGUGAAGGUGCUGGAGAGGUUGAACAGAAGUGGGAGGUGGAAGUGGUUCCUUCACUACAAGGAGAGCAAGAAGCUCAGAGAAGACGUCAGGGUGGAUGCUGACGCCCACAAGAAGCACUUGAUCCUCAAAUCGUGCCAAGGAGCCGAUCUCGUCGAGGUGCUGCACUACCACGCCUGCGACUCCCGGUCGUCCUCCAAAUCCCAGUACGUCCAGUGCUUGUUGAACCUGCAGGUUCAGCACGUCAGCGCCAGGUUCGCUGUAUAUCUCACAGAAAAGCCCAGCGGCAGCAGGGAGGUCCUUGAGAGCAAAGGCAUCCUUGUGGCCGAUGUCAACACCUUCCUUGGGACGGUGCAGAAAGCGGCUGCCCCGUUUAGAAGCAGCUACUGGUGACGAAGCGAAGCCGCGGCACGGCUCCUCCCCAGGCCCCGCAGCGCCGGUUCGGGCAUCCUGGGCCUCUGCGGGAUGGCCCCGGCACCCCGGUGGGUUUUGGGUGCUGCCCGCAGGAGGUGGCGGGGGGAAGAUUGGCUUACAUUCUGUAUAUAGAAAUUAUUUAAAGAUGGCUAAUGCAAAUCCUCCCUGGGGAUUUACUUCCUGCCAUCAAGUUGCGUAUAGGACAGAGACUAUUUUACCAUUACACGGUUUUAAAUUAUUGGAGUGUUUUCAAGUGAUUAGUGCAGCUGACGUUGGAAGAAAUAGGAAAAUAAAAAGAAUUAAAAAGCCGUUUACUUGAAGGUUAGGAGCAAUACGAGUCUACGAUAUUAAAUGCGUUUUCCACGUGGCCGCCGCCGUACGUGCUGUACACGGGCCGCCUGCGGUAGCCGCUGGUGCGGGUGUACGUUGUCAACGGGUGUCAGCGCCCGAGCCUGCGGCCGUCCGCGCUACACUACAGCUCAACUCGCCUGUGCUGCCUCUCGGUACCAUUUCACUGCUGGGACGUGAGGCGCGUUCCAGCACGUGGAAACCUUGUAAAUAGCCAGCCAACAGGGUGCAGGAACAAAAGUAAAGCUCUUGUUUUGUGGUAGGUCACACAAACAUGUGCUGGGGAGAAAAAAUGCCACAUUAAAGACCUCUGUAAGAUGCCCUACCUCUGGCUGCGGAGGACGGUGUUGUCCUCUUUUUUUAAUUUUAAUAAAAGGGUGCAAGACAUGCUGUACCAGA